AUGGAGUACUGGACGGACGGCACGUUGUUGGACUACUACGACGAGGUGGAGUACACGGGCGAGAGCGAGGCGUACGUGUGGUUCGCGCAGCUGUGCUCGGCGCUCGAGUACGUACACGACCGCGGUUUUGCGCACCGCGACGUUAAAAUGGACAACGUGCUGCUGGACCGGCGGCGUCGCGUCCGGCUGGCCGACUUCGGCAUGUGCGCGGCCGUGACGCGACCCGACCGCCGCCGUCCCGUCGGCCGCGUCCCCGUCGUCGUCCCGUGCCGGUCGGUGUGCGGCAGCUCGCUGUACAUGUCGCCCGAACUGCUGGCCCACGGCCCGUACCACGGACAGCUGGCCGACGUCUGGGCCGCCGGCGUGCUGCUCCACUGCCUGGUGACCGGACGGUUCCCGUUCCCAUGCGUGGACGGGCGCGCCGACGACCCGCUACUGGUGCGUUAG